GGUUUUAUUUAUUCCUUUAGAGAAUUAUAAAUAGUUGAAAUUAAGGUGUAUAACUGUUACAAAUUAUCGUUCAGUUAAAACAUGGGCGAUGAAAUUGAACCGUCCUUUUUGAAGUUACUUAAAAACUUAAAGGCGAAACCUGGCACAGCAGAAAAGUUAUGGAAAGGUGGAAUAACAUCUGCUGCUGAUUUAUCAUCAUAUGACACUGCAGAUGUGAAAGCAAUUGUUAAUGAUCCUGUCUUGAUUAAGACAUUUCUACCAGUACUACAGCAGUAUGCCUUCCAAAUAUCAAUGGAUAAAAAUCCCAAUGAAAAGGCAAUGCAGUUGCUUCAAAGUCACAACAAUACCACUCCACAACAAGGGUCUGGUCUUCAAAGUGAUGCUACUGGUUUCAGUCCAGGAAGCAAUGAUGCAACAAGGUCAACUACAACUACUACCACCAACAUACCAGCAUUUACUCUUAAUGGGAUUUCUAACCAAAGACCAAGACAAAAUCAAGUCAGCACAUCAGUUAAAAUCUCGGGUGGUCAGUUUUCACAGUGUGCUGUCAUGCCAAAUGAGCAGGUUGUUUUCAACAAUCAAGGAGCCACAUUUUUGUCCAAAUACACUGAAGGGGAAAAUGGGAAGGAAAGAAAGAAAGUGGGAGGUUCAUACAUCAACCUAUCAAAUGGAAUGAAGUUCUCAACAACAGACAUGCACUUCAUGGACAAUCAAUCUUUCUGGCUUGAUAAUGUCAAGAUAAAACGACCAUCCACUGAUAUACAUAUAGGCAGUGAUUGUUACCCAAUUGAGAACUUCGGGACAAGCAAGGCUCUUAUUAUAAACAACAUAUGUUUCGGAUCAACUGUAAACAGAGAUGGGGCUGAAAAAGAUACACAGAACAUGAAAUCAUUGCUGGAACAACUUGGCUUCAAAGUCACAGUUGCAACUGACAAGCGUGGCGCUGAAAUUCACCAGUUGUUAAGAGAAUUUUCUCGGGAAUGUGUCAAUGCACCGAUGACGUUGGUAUAUGUUGGUAGCCAUGGGGAAAGAAGUGAUAAUCAGGAUUGCUUUGUUGGGAUUGACCAGCAACGCAUAACGGUUGAAGAACUCACCAAAUAUUUCUCAACCUCUGAAGCUCCUGGUCUUGCCAAGAAACCAAAACUGUUUUUUCUACAGUUCUGCAGAAUUGUUAAGUCAACUGCAGCAGAUUCCAUUGGAUUUAACCCAGCUUCUCCCCCUGGAAGGACUGAAGCUGAAUCACAAAAUGUUUCAGAACAACAGAACGCUGCAGUGCAGAAUGAUGCAACAGAACAAUUUGAUGAUAUAAAAGUGGACUUAGGCUACUUGAACGGUGAUGUAAGAAGUGAUGCAAUGGGUGAGGGGGUGGAUGAAACAAUGGAAACAGAUGCCCACCAUGUCGCACAUUCUUAUGCAGAUAUGCUUAUCUCCUAUGCAACAGCUGCAGGAACAAAGGCAUACCGAGAUGUAUGUGAAGGCUCCUGGUAUGUUACUACUCUUUCUAAGGUGAUAAAAGACAACACACAUGAUGAUAUAUGCAGCAUACUCACAAAGGUAAACAACUCAGUCAUGGUAAAGCAAGCAGAAGAAGCUGGUGAAGUUGCCGUGCAGAUGACAGAGUUUAAAACUACACUGAGAAAGAAAGUCGUAUUUUUCCAGUAAAUGUGAAACUUUAAAUGCGUUUAAAACGUCAUUAAUUGUGUAAAUUAUCUUGUGUGUAUGCAUUAAUUCUUCAUCUUUUUGAUGUUUGAUGAUCAUUUUUACAAGUGUGUCAUGAUUUUACUGAAAUGUGCAUCUUUUUGAUUCCUACUCGAAAUUUAUGUCUAUAUAAAACUUACUUCUUUGGACAGAAUAGGCAAAAGUUACUAAUAACUUGAAUUCUUUCUAAUAUGAAUGAAGUAGUGCACUUAUUGGUUGAUAUAUUUGGGAGUUUAUUCUGUAAAUAUAGUAUCAAACCUAUUUUUAUUGUUUUAAUGCCUUGAUUAUGUGCCCUAUAGAGUGUGAGUAGAAAUUAAUUUACCGUUUAACCCCAAAAAUAAAAUGUAAAUUGUAUGUUAA